AGUGUAAUACCUACUGAAUUGAGUAAAUUUUAAAAAUGUAAAAUAAUACAAUUAUUUGCUUAAAUUUUAACUCUGAACCCUGAACUCUGAAGUAACACAACAAUAAAUAAAUUACAAAAUGUUAUACUGUAAAUUGUAAUAUUAUGUGGAACAAUUAUAAGAGAUUAUUUAAUGGUUUUAGUGUAAAUACAAUUAUUUGUGUAGCUUACAAAAGCCAUUAUGAAGCGCUGAAUAUCUCUAAAACUGCCACACAUAAAGAAAUAAAAGAUGCGUAUUAUCGACUAUCAAUGAUAUAUCAUCCAGAUAAAAAUAAAGGAAGUGAAGAAGCUGCAAAAAUUUUCCGUGAUAUAACUUCAGCAUAUGAAAUCUUGGGAAAUGUCCGUCAAAGAAAAUUAUAUGAUAGUGGAGCUAACUUAAAUCAAAAUUCUUCUCAAUUUACUACUAAACAACAACCUUUUGAAACAAUGUAUACAAAAAAUGAUAUUUAUAAAACCAAUGUCCGUAGCAGAGACUAUAAUUUUGAACAGUGGUCUAAGGCUCAUUAUACAAAUGUAUUUAGGCGACACCAUGAAACUCGACAAAAACAUACAAGAAACAAAAUGAACGAUGAAUAUGCAGAACGACAAAAUUCAUAUAAUUUAUUGACAAUUAUGGUCUUUGCAAGUAUUUUUAUUUUAAUUUCAAUGUUUGAACACGUGAAAAAAAUACUUAUUGAACGCAAUAGAGUAAAAAGAAUUUCUGACAAAAAUAUACAAGAUGAUUAACAUAAAUAAUUUAUUUUAAAUGUCUAGUUAUUGAAUUAGUUUAUUGAAAAUGUCAAAGAAUCAACUAUAAAUUCUAUAUACUAUAUACUGUUAUUAAUAUUAUUAUUUUGAGUCUUAAUUAAAUUUAAUUGAUACAUACCUUACCUUACCUUAUAACUGAUAUUCCAGAUUAAUAUCAAUCAGCUACUAAAAUGAUAAAUAGUAAACUAUUUAUAUUUUCAUGCUUUGAAGACAUUCAUCUGAUUUCAAAAUUAUGUAUUCACUAUUAUAUCACUUACAUUUUAUAAGAUUUUGUAGGUCACAGAACAGAAAAAUACAAUUUCUUUGUGAUAAUAUUAUGACUAA